UGACCCCCCUCCCCCCCCCUCAGGCAUGACGGAGCUGCGGGAGGUCGGCGACCCCCCCCCCGAGGCCCGGGCCCGGCUGGAGACGCCCUACGGGGCCCUCGGCGUCGUCGCCGCCGGCAACCGUCGACCCGGGCGCCCGGCGCUGCUGGGGUGGCCCGACGUGGGGCACACGGCCGAGUCGUGCUUCGCGGCGCUCUUCGCCCACGAGGAGAUGCAGGAGAUCGUCCGCAACUUCCUGCUGCUGCACGUGGACCCGCCCGGCAUGGAGGAGGGGGCCCCGCCCUACCCGCCGGGGUACCAGUAUCCCUCCCUGGAGCAACUGGCCGAAACCAUCCCCUGCAUCCUUGAGCACUUCAACAUCCGCAGCAUCAUCGGCAUCGGGGUGGGAGCCGGCGCCUUCAUCCUGGCGAAAUUCGGGCUGACGCACCCCGAGGCCGUGGAGGGGCUGGUGCUCGUCAACAUCGACCCCCACGCCAAGGGCUGGAUGGACUGGGCCGCCCACAAGCUCUCAGGACUGACCACCUCCACCACUGAGAUGAUCCUGGCCCACCUCUUCAGCCAGGAGGAGCUGGCGGCCAACUCGGCCCUGGUGCAGCAGCGGCGCCGGGCCCUCGCGGCGGCCCCCAACACCCCCCUCUACUGGUCCAUGUACAGCAGCCGCCGGGACCUGGGCGUGGAGCGCGGCGGCAGCAGCCUCCUCAAGUGCCAGGUGCUGCUGGUGGUGGGCGACGGCUCCCCCCACGAGGACGCCGUGGUGGAGUGCAACGCCAAGCUGGACCCCACGCAGACCUCCUUCCUCAAGAUGGCCGACGGCGGGGGGCAGCCGCAGCUCACCCAGCCGGCCAAGCUCACCGAGGCCUUCAAGUACUUCGUGCAGGGCAUGGGCUACAUGGCGUCGUCGUGCAUGACGCGGCUGUCGCGCUCGCGCACGGCGUCGCUUUCCAGCAGCGCCUCGGGCGACGGCGGCCGUGGGCGGAGCCUGUCGCGCGGCAGCGACGCCUCGGCCGCCCCUUGCUGAGGGCGCGGAGCCCCGAAACGCCGCCGAUUCGCCCCGAAAUGCUCCGAGAGACCCUCAAAACUCCCCGGAAGCCUGAGACCCCCCCCCGGAGCCCCCCACCCCCUCCGAGACCCCCCCAAACCCCCAAUAUCCCCCCAAACCCCUCCGAGGCCCCCCCAAAAUCCCCAAUAUCCCCCCAAAUUCCCCCCCAACUCCCUCCGAGACCCCCCCAACCCCCUCCCGGACCCCCAAUACCCCCCCAAAUCCUCGGAGACCCCCCCCAAACCCAAUUUUCCCCUCCCAAUCCUUCGAGAUCCCCCCCAAAUCCCCAAUUUUCCCCCCAAAAAACCUUCCGAGACCCCCCGAGACCCCCCCAAACCCUCCGAGACCCUCCAACUCCCCCCGGACCCCCAAUAUCCCACCCCAAAUCCCCAAUAUCCCCCCCAAACCCUCCGAGACCCCCCCAAAAUCCUCCGAGACCCCCCACGGACCCCCAAUAUCCCCCCAAAAUCCUCCGAGACCCCCCCCAACCCCCCCAAUAUCCCCCCCAACCCACCCCGGAUCCCCAAUACCCCCCCCAAAUCCUCCGAGACACCCCCCAAAAUCCCCUCAAAAUCCCCCGAGACCCCCCCCGGACCCCCAAAAUCCUUCCAGACCCCCCCCAAGCCCCCCAAUAUCCCAAAAUCCUCCGGGAACUCCCAAUACCCUCCCCAAAACCCUCCGAGAGCCCCCCCAAGCCCCCCAAUAUCCCCCCCGAAACCGUCCGAGACCCCCCCGAAACCCCCCAAUAUCCCCCCCAAACCCUCCCAGACCCCCCAAUAUCCCCCCAAAAUCUUCCGAGAACCCCCAACCCCCCCCGACCCCCAAUAUCCCCCCCAAACCCUCCGAGACCCCCCCCCGGACCCCCAAAAUCCUCCAAGACCCCCCCCCAAAAGCCCCCAAUAUCCCCCCAACCCUCUCCCGGACCCCCAAUCCCCCCCUCCCCCCGCCGUGUGCCCCCCCCCCGCCGGGCUAAUUGGGCCCAGGGCAAUAAACGCUGCAGUGCAAAUGGC